AGAGUCUAAGACCAACGCUAGUGGCUGAGAAAAAAAAAGAGUCAAAGAGUUUUUGAGAACGCGAGCGGCAAUAUCUUUGCUAACUAACUAACGUCUCAUUUGUACUAAGUUUUCGGCGAUUGUUGGUUUAAUUUAUUACCCGUCGUAGCCGUUCGUCACCGUAGCCCAUGUUCUGUGCUUGAAUGGAUUUUGUUUACCUCCGACCGUAGGGGCUUUACAAUAACAGUGCUGCCGCUGUGGCCGCUGCUGCAGUUGCUGCUGCUUUCGUAGUGUACAAAUUGUUGAAUUGUUUUUGUAUUUAACUACUGCGCCCCUAUGCGGUGUGUGGUGUGGUGCGGCUAUGUGAACGGAACCUUAUUUUCGGGGGAAUCUUAUUGAAAAGCUUCAUUUUCAUUUAGUUGCUACUUUAACCAUAUUGUGCCCGGAGAGCCAGCCGCCUCAUUAUAAAUCGUCGUUGCUUGGUCGUUAUAGCCGCAGUCGUCCUCCUCUCUGUGUGUUGCGGGUGUUUCACGAAAGGCGUCUUAGUCGUCGUUGUUGUGGUCGCUUGAUUCCUUCGCUUUUCCGGGUAAUUGGCUUGUCUGCCUAUUCAAGUGAAUUUGAAAUUGAACACGUCUGUUCGUUCAACUGAAGACAUCAGUGAAAAUGCAUCAAAGAAGCAGCCUUUCAAAUUGGUCGUUUAGCCCAUACACAAACCGCAAACACCAUCGCCAUCUGGCACCCCUGCCCGAAGCUAUUGUCAUAUCAGCUGUUCAACAACAACACUGUAUACCUAAUGAUGAUGAUGGUGACAUUAGCUUUAAACGAAACACAAAGAUGGAAGCAGAAAAAAUAGAGGAACUUAAUCUGCAAAUGGAGUUUGAAUGGGUGUUGCGAGAGGAGGUGCAUCAGUUACUCAAGAAAUUAAAAUUUAUUCUCAUAUCCUGUGCCCAUCGCUUCCCUGUGCCACUAUAUGAAAAUGAGGGAAAAAAGACUGAAAAAUUAAUCUUGUCUGUCCAACCAGAUCAACUGAAGGCCAUUCUUACGCUGACGGGAGAUACCAUUACACAGGCGGACAUUAGUUUUAAACUAUCCAAAUCAAACCAAAUACAAAGGACCUCCAUUACGCAGGAUUCCCCUUGGAAAUUGCAGCAGGUUCAGGAUGCCGCAAAUCAUCUACAGCAAGCCAUUAAUCACAUUGAUGACGUUGAUGACUCGUAUCAUUUCAAAACCUCCGAUGAAGUAAUGCAUGUCGUUGGUAAUAUACUGGAAGCACUGCAAAGGGGGCGCUUAUCUCUGGUUAUACCCAAGAAGAAGCCCAUAGAUGAAUUAAUUAAGGGGCGCAAUAUGAAAUCUCUUGCACCGAAUUUAUCGGAAGACAUAGCUGUUAGUUUUUACUUGCAAUCGCAUAAGUUGAUAAUUGCCGUCUAUCAAUUAACCAAUGUACAUGGGACAAUGCGUUUCGAUUCGUGUCAGGCGGAGGCUUCUAUCAAUUGGCUGAAUGAAGUACUUUUUUUGCUGUCAGCAGGUCUACAGCUAUGCCAACAGCUAAAAGAUAAGAUAUCCGUCUUCUCCCUGUACAAAGAUUUCAAAGUUGGUUCGCGCGCCUCGUCCGCUUUAUCCUAUUGACCACCCAUUUUUGCAGGCCUCUGUUUUUGGCUUCUUUUAAAAGACUUAGGUUGUAUUUUUUUAUUUAUAUGAAAAGCUUAGACAAAAAGAAAAACUACAAAACAAAUCGGUAUUUACGUUAUCGAAUAUUAAUAAUUUAUGCAUAAAAUGCUUUACUAUUUUUUUAAUCUUUUAAAAAUUAAAAAAAAGAAAACAACAAAAACAACGGAAACAACUCCAUUUAAACGACCAUACUCAAAUUGCUUCAGGUUUCUUUGGAUGAGAAAAUACAAAAACAAAAUGCCUUUUAAAAUAAUCGACUAGUUAGUGUAUGUUACCAUAACAGUACUUAAAACCACUAAAAUUAUGCUAAAUGUUAAAACAAAAAUACUUUAACGUUUGCAUGUUUAUUGAAAAGACACAAAGACAAAAACAAAAACAAAGAAACAAACACCACCAUUCGCUGCCUUAUAGCACAACAAUGUAUGUAUGCUGACACGUACUAUGUAUAGAUAAAAUCAUCACGUUGCAAUUUAAGUUACCCACGCCCCCUAAUCCACAAAAGGAAUUGCUUCUAUUUUAUAGUUUACAUUUUACAGCAGAACAUCCCAACAUCCCUUCAUCCCUUAUUUUUAACGCUAUUUUAUUAUAUACAAAUUAGCUGAAAUAAAACAAUUGUAUAUUUUAUAUUAUGUUCUAUUUUACAUAAAAAGAAACAAACACACAUACAUUAAAUAAAUUAUUUUUAACGUUACCUAACAAA